AUGGACAAUUUGUACUCUUCCUACGAGGAUUGCUUGAGCGUUUGGCUUCUUAACGUUUACAGGGACCUUCACAAAAACAGAACAUUUGGCAGUCUUAAGCUGCUUCUUAAGCUCCGGAACAUUAAGUUUCUGAAGCAGUUUAGUCACGUGAUUCUCAACUCGAGGGGCGACUUGGACGACCCCUUGGUCGAGUUUCUGCUGUACCUGGUAAGCCUAGUGAGUCCCCAAUGUCCAGACGUUGGCACUUCCAACUGGUCAUCCGCGGACAGUCCCACGAGUGACAGCCUGCCCAGGUCGCCGCCGAUCAGGGCCGCACCCCCGAGUGAUGGCAAAGAGCACACUGGCACGCCUGAAGACAAAGAAAAUGCCACUCUAAAGACAGCAACGGGACCCGGAUCUCCAUCGCAUUUUAAUUCAGAGCGUAGGCGGGCCAAAGGUAUCGGUCCAGGCCUUAAGAUGGGGUCCUCAAGCAUAGAUAGCGUGGCUGACAGCGUAAUGGUCAACACCACGCCCAGAACUCGGAAUGAGGCGGCCGCCAACAGGGGAACCGGCUCGACCAAUCGGUCCCCAAGCAUACUGCCCAGUAUAUUUACCAGUGGUGGCUUCAGACCGGGUCUUUCUUUCAGAGAGGUCACCAGAAGGCUCACGACCUGGAACUUAAAGGGAGGCGUUUACACCCCUGGUGUGCGGGGGUUUAGCAGAACCGGCAGCGCAUCGUCCGAUAGUGGCCUUAUACCGGGACACGUGGUGUUUAUUAACAUGUUUCUCAGUGCCUUGGUUCCCACGCUGCUGUACACAUACUUGCGGAGGGUGAAGGAAAAUCGGAACAAGCACCUUGCGAUAAUUCACGACUACCACAAGUUCUCGACUGUGAGUGGUGCAACAGCCUCUAAUCGCAGAAGGGAUAAAAGGGUUUUCAGGUCAUUCAGGACAAACGCCCAAAGGCUUUUACUGAAAGUAACAUCCUUCAAAGGCCUUUUGGGCUUAAUAGGGCUUGACAACUUGUCAAAGGAACUGGGCGUCUACGAGAGCCUGUUCAGUCACUUCUCAAAGCCUGGCUCCGCGGGUUCAAUGGAACCUCUGGAUAACACCAGCGGACUCCAGCUGCUCUUGUACAAGCUGUCCCUGCUGAACCUCAGCUACCACGACCACAAUUACACUGAGGUGCCUAAGAACAUAUAUAACAUAUACAACAAGCUGGACGACAGCGUCAUCAAGACGCAGCUUGAGUCGAGCCUCAUCUACUGCUAUCGGCUACGCAUAAAUGACCUGAAUCUGAAGUUGAACGUGAACAAGCUGUUUAAAAAUUUGAUUAAGUUUUCAAAGUACCCUGAGGGCAAGUUUAAGCGCUACUACAACCCCCUCGUCAUCGCCUCCACCUCAAACCUCACUCAUGGUUCAACCAGUGCCGGCCACAACGGCGUACUUAGGGAUAAGGCCAUUGGUAACAGGGGCGAUGCCAAUGGCAGUUUCGCGCACGGCCACUCCAGUUGGCGGGAAUUCAGCGACGCGGGCAUGCUGAGGGUGAUAAUGAACGAUCUGGUCUUCUUUGGCAACAACCUGCUCUAUUUGAAUCGAGUCCUCUCCACCAGCCCUAUUAGCGCCACCUGUGGCAGUGGAGCUAAUAGGGCUGAGGGCGAGGGCGCUGCGGCCUUCAGCAACGAGAGUUACCUGGACGACUCUGACAGGUACAUGUACUAUGCGUACAGGAUCCUGUGCCUUGUUAAAGGGGCUGAUGGUGGCCACAAUAGGGCUGGUAAGGCUGCCAAAUUUAGACCCACUCUCCUCCGCGGCCUAAGGAUAAAUAACAUGGAGUAUGUGUACAACGCCUUUUUACACCUGGUUAGAUACGUGUUUCAGCUCAAGAGCACAAGUAGGGACGUAGCGACUCGGAAUACCAGUCACUGGUUUGGAGCUACUGAUACGUGUAAAAGUGAUACAGCUAAUGGUAAUGCUACCAGUGGCGGUGCUACAAGUGGUACUGAAGAUAAUAAUAAGCCGAGUCUAAGCAAUAAGUACAGCAUAUUUGACUGCAGGGGCAGGGGCAAAAGGGUCUUUGUUAGCGACGACCUGUGCCUGCUCGUGCUCAAGAUUAACUUCGACUUCUACCGCCUGGUAUUCACCAAUUUGUCAGCACUCAAAGAGGUUCAGGGGGCGAUUCUGGCCAGUGGCCAGAGCAAGGCAGUCAGUGAGCAGGACUGUUGCAACGUGACACACUACAGCAGUCAGGAUUUAACAGACAGGGUAAACGCAUUCGUGGAAAACGACGAAGACCUGGCCCGGAGGUACUUAUACUCAGCACACACGCACUCGAAUGUUGUUAGCACCUUCAGGGAGGUGAAGAGGAGGAUAAGCUACGAAAUGUACCCAGUGUCGUACUGGCUGGCCUGCUCACACUUGAAACUGCUCGAGAGCAGGUUGGACUCGCAGUGCCAGUCUAAGCCGCCGUAA